CUCCCCUCUCUCCCUCUACUCGCUCCCGCACUAGCUGGAGAGGCAGCUGAAGGACUUUUCGGUCAGAAAAUACACACAGACAAAACCAUCCGACCUGCACCUGCCUGCUGGCUCAGCGAGGACAGCGACAACUUCUGCAGAGCUGCCCGGAGAGUUGAUCCUGGUGAAGAUGAAACUGGAUGUGCCUCUACCUGUGCUGCUGUGUGCCAUCUGUCUCCUCGUCCCGCCGUCGUCCUCUACCCACCACCAGGAGUCAGAUGACUCAAAGCUUCUCCAGGUGACCAUCCCGACCUCCCCGCCCGUGGUGGCCGUGCUGGGUGGCUCUCUGACAUUACCAUGCCUGGUGUCUCUGGCCCACCCACCGCCUUCCCCCUCCACCAACGGGCGCCACGCCGUGCUUUCCCUCCCCCGGGUCAAAUGGAGUGUACUGACUCACGGCCGGGAGACAGAGAUCCUGGUGGCCCGAGGCGACAGGGUGAGAGUCAGCGAGGCCUACAAAGACAGAGCCUCGCUGCUCAAUUACGCCUACUCCCCCGCCGACCUCACACUGCGGCUGGAGAGCCUGAGGCAGAACGACACCGGAUUCUACCGCUGCGAGGUGCAGCAGGGCCUGGAGGACGCUGACGACGUGGCUCAGGUCAAGGUCAAAGGGGUGGUUUUCCAUUACCGUGAUGCAUCCAGUCGUUAUGCUUUUACCUUCGAACAAGCCAGAGAAGCCUGCGAGGACAUCGGGGCUGAAAUUGCCACUCCAGAGCAGCUCCUGGCCGCCUACCACAGUGGAUACGAGCAGUGUGACGCAGGCUGGCUGUCGGACCACUCAGUGAGAUAUCCCAUCCAGAUGCCCAGAGAGGGCUGCUUUGGGGACAUGGAUGGAUUGCCGGGAGUGAGAAACUACGGACUGUUGGAGCCCGAUGAGCUGUAUGACGUCUACUGCUACGUGGAGAAUAUCAAUGGUGAGGUGUUCCAUGGCUCCGCCCCUCAGCGCUUCACCUUCUGGGAGGCCAAGGCCUACUGCCUGAGCCACGGGGCCGAGCUGGUCACCACGGCUCAGCUGUACGCAGCCUGGAACGACGGCCUGAACCUCUGCAGUCCGGGCUGGCUGGCCGACGGGAGCGUGCGCUACCCCAUCGUCACCCCCAGGGAGCGCUGUGGAGGCGGCGAACCUGGAGUCAGAACUGUCUACCGCUACAGCAACCAGACGGGCUUCCCCGAGGCUCACACUCAACACGACGUCUACUGCUUCAGGAGCUAUAACGGCCCAUACACGGAAUCUCCUCAGGAUUUUCUCUCCACUGAGCCAGAGGACAUUGGCCAGGACAUUGUUUUCUUAACUAAUCCUGCAGAAGUGGAGGAGGAGGAGGCAGAGGUGGUGAGCCUGAGCGGGGUGACGGCAAAGGGGGGCGAAGAGGUCCAACAUGCCCAGACGGCCAAUCCUGUGAAGCAGGAUCCAGCGGAGGCUCAGGCUGGUACAUCGGGUUGUGUCCUUUAUCAGUCCGUCACUCCUCCAGCUGAGCAUCAGGAGCAUGUGUCCACACCAGAGAGUACCUGGGACGUCAUAGAGAAGGCCAGGUACCCAGAGUCCUAUCAGCCAGCACCUGAAGAAAACCUAAACCCAGACCACGAAGAGUCUCACACCCUUCCAACAACUUCUCCACAGGCUGAUGGUGUAAUAACUGUCGCUGAGGACUCCACUUCACCCACAACUGAUGCAACAACGUCAGAGAGCCGAGAGCCCUCAGAAUAUCAUCUUUCUGUGACGCCAGCUGUUACUGAAACAUCUGGAGCGGAUGCAGAUGAGAUCCUCAGCAGCUCUCCGGCAGUUCCUCAGGAGGGCGAUCUCCCUGUUUUCCAAGAGGACCACACUCCAGAUGUCCAGCCGGCUCUCGCCUCCGAGGCUGAGCUCCUCUACUCCAGCGCCUCUUACAACGUUUCGGUGCAUCCAGAAGAGGCCAGCACUGGUUCUGUUGACGAGGUAUCAGCAGUGACUACUUCAGUGCACACCGCAGAAACAGAUGCUCACGCCACCACCCUGCAGCCCCUGACAGCUUUUGAUCACAGCACGCCUGAGAUCCAUCCAACAGAAGAGGAGUCCGGAGAGGAGAGUGUAAAUCCUCUUCUGGAGGAGGAAACACAAAACUCAGUGACUCAAAGUCUGGCUGGUGUGGAGACCUUUGCCACCUCUGAACUGCUCCCUACGUCUGAUUCAGGUUACGAUCACACCCCAGAGCAUGGAGGUGUGACUGCGGCGCCGUCCAUCCCAGUGGAUCACGAUGAUGAGGAUGAGGAGGCAGCAACAGAUGAUCCAGCCGAACAUAGCGGACACAUCCAUAGUGAGGACUCCCCGACAGCAGAGGUAAUCAGCGUCACAGAUGACUCCAGUGUGAACGCUCCGGUCCUAAACAGUGAUCCGGACACUCUGUUGACGUCCCCUGUAUCUGUAACCCUGUCCCCUGCUUCUGUGGAGGCUGAAGCCAGCUCCCCAGAGAUUAUAACCUUCAUACCUGAAAGCAAUACUUCAUCUGGGGCCGGACCUCUGGAGGACAUCCAGGACAAACUUGAGCUGGAGGUAUUAGGAGAAAUCCCAGAAGUAUUCCUCAGCACAACCCAAAAUAUCACAGAGAGUAACCCGGGAGGGAGAGGUGCUGGAGAGGGAUCAGGUGAAUCGUCAGGAGAAAGCCCAGAGGUGAAACCAGGAGUCCUGUCCACAAAUGCAGCUCUCUUAACAGAGCACACGUCUGGGGGAAGUGAAGGUGAGGAUGCCACUGAUGCACCGCCUCCGCCAGAUGUAAAAAUCACACUGAUCCCUCAUCUGACCCUCACACCUGGCUGGGAACCAGAGCCGUCCUCCUCCACACCGCAGGAGUCUCGCUCUGAUCUGGAAUACAGCGCCGAGCCUGUGGCGGAGGAGUCUGACGACGUCUCCAAGGAGCAGGAUGUUGUGGUCGAGAUCACCAGCAGCAGCAACGACGAACACGGAUCAGAGGGAGGUGAAGGGGAGACCAGCACAGGUGAGCCUCCUGUUAAAGUUUGCACAUGGCAUCCUGAGGAGGAGGAAACCAGCAGUCUGACCCUCACAGCCGACAGCAGCGACGUGACAAUCACUGCUCCCACCGUGCACCCACAGCACCCCGCCAUGGCCGCCUCCCUGCCCACCGCCAAAGUGUCCGCUGCAAGACCAGGAGGCACUUCAGCAGACUCCUGCCUGGAGAACCCUUGUUUGAACGGAGGCACUUGUGUCGACGGUGAAUCCACGAGGUGUAUUUGCCUGCCGGGCUACGGAGGAGAUUUGUGCCAGACAGACGUGGAGGUGUGUGAGCCCGGCUGGGAGAAGUUUCAGAGCUUUUGUUAUCGUCACUUUGCCAAGAGGCAGAGCUGGGAGGCGGCUGAGCAGCACUGUCGCAUGUGUGGUGGGCAUCUCCUCUCUGUCAUGACCCCCGAGGAGCAGGACUACAUCAACGACAAAUACAGAGAAUAUCAGUGGAUUGGACUGAAUGACAGAACCAUCGAGGGAGACUUCCGCUGGUCGGACGGGAACCCUCUGCUCUAUGAGAACUGGUACAAAGGUCAGCCUGACAGCUACUUCCUGUCUGGCGAGGACUGUGCGGUGAUGGUGUGGCACGAUGGCGGCCGCUGGAGCGACGUGCCGUGCAACUACCACCUGUCCUACACCUGCAAGAAGGGCGUCUCGUCCUGUGGCGAGCCUCCCAAAGUUCACAACGCUAAGGUGUUUGGGAAGAAGCGGCUGCGUUACGAGACCAACACCAAGGUGCGGUACUACUGUGAGGAGGGCUUUGUGCAGAAGCUGAACCCUGUGAUCAGGUGCCUGCCUGGAGGCCAGUGGGAGGAUCCUUUGGUUACCUGCAUCCCAACCCAUUCGAUGGAAAAAGACUCAGUUACCUCACUUCCUUCCCAUCACGAGGAGGUACUGGAAGCCAUGGAGGUCAGGGCCGCAGCCACAGAGAAAGCAGCUCUGCUGUUCUGGGACAUUAAGUGGAAUGUCUGAAACGAUCCUGCCUUUUAAAAAGAACAACAAUAUCCCACCUCCUCUUUUCCCUCUUUCUUUUUGUCUCAAAAUACUUUUCAAUCUCUGUGUCUGCACCAAGUUAAACUGUAGAAAUCUAAUCUUUUUAAAGUCAUGUCAAGGCCACAACUCACAACAGGAAAAUCAAGAAAAAGUACCGGAAUCAAAUAAGUGUUUUCUACAAAAGAUUGGGGCCUGGUAGGAGAACAAAGGAAUUAGAGGAGUGCAGUUUCAGAAAAAAGUUGAAAUGAUGAGGAUAAAGUGAACUUUUUGUGUUGGUAAAGUUGUCACAGAUUGGUUGUUUCUGUGUCAAUAAGUCAUCAGAGGAACAUUGUUUUCUAUCUGAACAGUUACUGCAAGCUACAACCUGAUUUUCAUCACUGUCAUAAAAUGAGUAAUAACCACAAUAUUUAAGGCUGUAGUGGAACUAAAAUCCCCCGACACAUAAAUGAGAUAUUCUCGGUAGUAGCUGCUACAACUAUUGUUUUGGAAAAAAUCAGCUUUUAUGUCCUUAAUGUUAAAUUUUUAGACAUAAUAUUAGAUGUAUUGAGGAAAUUCAAAAAGUGAUUUUAUUCUCGUCAUUUAGACUUUUUUCUAAAAGUGCAUGAUUCAUUUUUUUUCCUCUUACCUGGACCAAAGCCUCUUCCAUAGUUUGACCAGUUGAGACAACAACAAAAACACUGAAUGCUUCUUGAUCUAAAGAUCCCCAAACAAGAAAUGAGACCCAAAAUACCUUUCUUACUCAUUGAUCAACAUCAGCAUAUGUGAUUGUUUAGACAAUUCUUUUAAAUCAGUUUGUAAUACCCUAAAUAAACCAACUUAAAUAUUGGCUAUGACAGUAUACGGGGGGUUAAAGGGAUCCAGAAAAAUGAAAAACAAUCAUAACUCACUUUACUUACGUCCCUGUGCUUUAUUCUCAUAAUCAACAGCCGUUUUGUAACUGUUUUUAAAAUGAAGAUUGUGGAAAUGAAACGCUGAAUUCAUGGAUUUGAUUGCUGAUUACACACACACACACACACACACACACACAGUUUUACUAUUUUACUAUAUCUGUAACAGACGGCUGUUUAGUUAAGCAUACAUUCACGUCUGUUCUACUUACGGUCUUCUUACAGUCCAGAAGACUCCUUGUUUUUAGUUUUGUAGAGGUUUAUAAUCGGUGUUGAGAGCUGCUCCAGUAGCUGUCUGAUCGUUUCACACAGACUGCACUCUUUAAAAAGACAUGUCAGGCUUCACACAACUAGGAGAGCAAAUUCUGGGAAAAAGAACAUUUCUGCACAACACAAUUGAAGAAAUGCACUGCUGCACUGAGGACACACUACAAGAUUCUAUGCCAGAUUUUAAAGACAAUGGGCAAAAUCUGCACCAAUCUACACUAGUCAAGGACAAAAAUCUGUUAAUGUGUGAGGGGGACUAACCUCAGUCGCAGUCAGCCAACCACUGUCGUCUCAUUUAGCCACUUGUUAGCAGCCGACUUUUUAAGGACACGUAAAUACAUAAAAAUUCUCAAGUGGGGGUAUUUACUAACAUGUGUUAACCAGAGACCUCAUUUCAACUUCUGACCACCAACAAAUUCAGACCCCAGGGCUCUUAAAUGGUAACUUACUAAAGGGUUAAAGAACUCAUUCCUCUGGCGCCCUAUUGGCAAAUUAUCUUCAUUAUAAGGCUUUUUUUAUGUAUCUUCUGAACAGCUGUUUCAACCUUGUUGACUUCCAAACUCAGAAUCUUUUACAGUUUUUUUA